CAACAACAACAACAACAACAACCACGACAACAUCAGCUGUUGGUGGUGGCGGUGGUGGGGUUGGCAGCAGUGGAGGUUUUGGACUUGGAAAGUUGAGUAUUGGUGGCAGUAGUGCCAGCAGUACUGUUCUUAGCCGAAAUGCACUUAGUGCUAUACAACUAUCAAAUAGUAAUCAAAUAUCAAAUAUGCACUACAAGUUAUCAGAUUAUGCAGACAAGCGAUCAGGUGUUCUGCACACUGGAUCACAUCGUCUAUUAAGAGAUAAUGAUCAUGCCGUAAACCUGCUCGAGACUACUGAUCUUCUAUGUGAUGAGGCAGCCAACAUUCCAACUUCUUCAACAGCAACAACAACGAAAAUUGAUGCAGCUGUCGGCAAAGAUAAUCUUCUUAAUGAUUAUGAAUUCAUAUCUAGGAAGUAUUCUUCAUCCGAUGCAGAUAUAUCAAUAGGUGGUGGUGGUGGUGGUGGUAUUGCUGAUUCACCGUCAAUAUCAUCACGUAAAUCAAAAGCUUCUCAUCUAGAACAAAUUCCAAUGUUAGCACAACUGUUAGAAGAAGUUGAUACUGCACGAUUUUAUGCCUAUUGUGAAGAGGAGCCUAAACAGACGGAUGUUGUAUCACAAUUACAAGGAUUAAAUAUAUGUGCAUCCAGUCUGGUAGCUGAGCGUAAUUGGCAUUUGGAAUUGAUCAAUCCUCAGUUAUUAUUAAAAACAAAUCAUUUAGCUGGUUAUGUAUUGGUAUCCGCAGCGAGGGCUAAGUUGGAUGCAUUAACCCAUCCACCGAUAUGGAAAGAUUCUCAACUAUUGAAUAAAUCCAGUCUAGUUGGACAUUUAGAAUGUAUGCAAUACUAUGCUACUGUUGGGCAGGUUCUUCCAGGUACGCCUGAUCAAUGGUUGUCAACAGCUGAUGUCAGUGAUUGGGCACAUCAUGGUUUAAAUGCCGAUGAAGAUGCGCUGAGUGGACGACCAGAAGUUGUUGGUUGUGGUAGAUCAGUUGGUGGUGUUGUAACAGCAUGUGUUGGCUUCCCACAGAAUAUAUCAAGUAAUAAGUCGUCAUUACUAGCCCGUCAAAGUAUCAUAAAUCAUACCGGUUUCACAGCUAACACUUGUGGUGGUGUUGGUGGUAUGUCAGCUGAGGCAAUCAGCAGUGGGAAUACGAUAUUUGUGAACAAUAAUAAUUUUGGUACUUUUUCUACUACUAAUGCUAAUAAGAUAACAACAGGUGCUGUUGGCGAGAACAACACUAAUUGCAUUCGACCUAUACAACUGCAAAGGAUGAUAUCUCGUUGUUCAUGUGAAGUUUUCUACAUUCAUUAUGAACCUGCUGAUCCAGCGAACUUACCACUACCGCAUUUAAUUCCACCUUUAUCACUUGAUGAAACAGAAGUAGUGCAUAAUCCAGAAGGAGCAGAUACAGUUACUCUAUUACAUCAUACAUUAAAUGUUUUUACAAAUUCUCUUCAAUAUCAUAUGAUUGUUGAUAUUGUAAAUGAUCUCCUCCUGUAUGUGGAACCACAAAGAAAGGCUCAAUCAGAACGUAAUCGUGUGGCUUUUGGUUUAAUGUCUGAAUCACAAGUUCGAUUGGCUAUUCUACGUGAUCAAGAGGCUUUGCGUCGAAUGAUAUUAGAUCAACGUCAUUUAGAGCGUUAUUUAUGGUCAUAUGUUAGUCAAACAAUGCAAGAGCUUGGGUUGAAUACACCAAUAGGUUAUCCUAAUUCUUUUCAAUUUAUCAAUAAUUAUAAUAAUAACAGUAGUAAUAUUAAUAAUCCUAUUCUAUCCACGCCGAAUACCUCUAUGGAUUCAACAUUUUAUGAAAGACGAUCAUCAAAUAUUACAUUGAAAUUAGUGAAUUGUAUUCAAGGGGCUAGACAUUUAGAGACUCAAAUCAAUACACUGAAGUCAAGUAUCAUCGAUUUAAAUGCCAUUCUAUCACAACGUUUAGCGCAUUAUCAACAAUUACAAAUACAAGCUCAACGUCGUCAUAUACGCAAAGCGAUGUCAUUUAAGCGUCAUCCAGUACAAUCUACAGCAUCAUCGUCAUCAUCGUUCACCAAUGAUUUUCCUCUUACUCCAACAACACUGGCGACUACUCUGGCUAGCGGUUUUAGUGGAUCAGGUGUUACUAAUCUUAAUUUAAUACCGAAGCAAUCUAAAGAAGAUUUCAAUCGAUAUUCUCAAUUAAGCGCUGAUUCUGACUCGUAUCUACCUGCCAGUAAUAAUCAUAAUAAUAACAAUAAUCCAAGUAGCGGAGGUGGGUUAAUUGGUGGUCGAGGUAAUCUACGCCGUGCCUCAUCAACAGACUACUUAAUUCAUACAAAUAUAAAUAGUAAUAACGGUAGUACAAAUAUUAAUUUGAAUCAAAAUCAGUCUGUUACAGAGUCGAUUUUAUCUGAGAAUGUGAAUAAAUCGAUUGAUAAUGGUAGUAAACCAGCUGAAGUGGUUAGACGAAGUGAGGUUUGUUUUGAGCAUGCAAGAUGGCGUAUGACUGAGCAUGAUGGACAAAUCGGUUUAGCUGAUGUUGAAUUACGUGGUUUUAUUUAUACAAAAAUUAAUCGUCAAGAUGAUUCUGGUUCACAUCGUUUAGAAUUAGGCUGGAUACGUGUUUCUAGUCUAGCACCGAAUUCUUUUUAUAAAGAAGUUUUAGCACCUGAUGUUUCUGGUGGACGAUAUGCCGGAGGACCUAUACUACGCAUUGCGUGUUCUGCUUUAGCACCCGUCGGUGGAAUAUCUGUCAAAGAAGCUAUGGAAAUUAGUGUUGCACCGAUUGUACUUCAGAUGAGUAAACAAUUCUAUCGUAUAAUGAUGCCAUUUUUCUUCCCUGAAAAAUCUGAGGAAUCAAAUGCGACAACAACGACAACAGCAGCAGCAACAACUUCUACUGCUAGUAGUACUCAUCCUGCUGCCGCUGCCACUGCUCCUACAACUACAAUAAAUAGUUCUAUGAAUAAUCAUUCAAUUAUACUAUCCAAUCAAAUGAAUGACGCACUAACCAAUACUGGUUUAAUGAUCAAUCCGUCUGGAUCAUCACAACAAUUUCUGAAUUUAUUACAGUAUGAAUGCAUGAAUUCAAAUGCAUUGAGUGGUGGGGGUGCUGGUGUUGGUGUGGGUGUGGGCAGUAGUGAUAGUUCCUAUCAUCCUUUAGAAUCAAAUCCAGAUAGCCAGAACUUCUUAGAUCCAUCCGUUGACAAUAUGAUUAUGUCGCGUAAAUCAUGGAUUCGGCGUUAUCUGUCCAGGUAUUUUCCACAUCGUCAACAAACAACUGCCAGUAGUAGUGGUGUUCCUGCUGGUGGUGCAGUAAACAUCAAUGAGAAUGAAGCAGGUCAACAGUUAAAUAUUUCUCAGAAAUCCUCUCAACCGAUGGAUAAUACCGUUGAUAAUACCUCAUCGUUGUCAUCUCUACCACUAUCACGGUCAUCACCAUUGUCCGCGUCAAAAACAACCCCAGUAGCUGUGUCAGCAUUAACAAAACUUCAAUCACCGUCUAAUUUGACUAUAGAAGCUGCUAUCUCUGGACGAAAUUAUUGUAGUGUAAACGAUGAUGAAUGGGUGAAUGAUACAGUCAAUUCAUCGACCUUCUUAUUACCUAAUAGUUUAUUACAAAAGAUAAAUAUGAGACGGAAAUUCUCUCUUCAAAGUGGAGAUUAUCAAUCCAAAGAACAUUUACUCCUUACACAAAUGGGCUAUACAACAAAUAGUGGAUUAUCAAGUCAAUUGAAUCCUGAAAGCAUGAAAGCCUGUUAUUCUCCUUCUGAUAAUACAGAUCUCUUAUUAAUGAGAAUGAUGAUGAUGGGAGGAACACACAGAGAAGAACCUCAAUCACAUAUUAAUUUAUGCACACGUUGUAUACCACCGCAUUUGAUAACUGGUAGUAGUAAUCAUUGUGGUCAUCCUUCUUAUCAAAUGAUAACAUCAGCAUAUAAUCCAAUGGAUUAUAGAUCUGUAACAAUUGAACAGGCUAUGAAUCAGAUUAACAAUAAUAAUAAUGCUAAUACUUCAAUCCCAUUGAAUCCAGUCGAUGUGAUGAGGGAAAGAGCUCGUCAGAACAAUGUAUUCUUGUAUAUUAAAAUUCCUGGCUUCCCAAUACGUUUAAGUUACAAGGGUGAAAAACAGAAAAAUAUAACUGAUGUAACCCGAUUUGAAUUGUUUAUACCUACACUGGAAUAUCAUAAUUGUGUAUGGACAUGGUUAGAUUUUGCUAUGGAAGUGAAAACACGAAUACGUAAACAGCUUGUACGAGAAGAAACCAAAAUAGAAUGGUCAGUUCACGAAUUUACCUAGUUGGAUCCCAUUGAUGAGAAGAAAGAAAAAUCUGAUCCACAUCCCUGUCUUCAAGAACAAGAAGGAUAUAUACCAUGAAUACCAAUCGAUGGCGAUUUGGAGGGACUCAGAUAAGUUCUCAUGGCAAAUGGUUAUCCUGCAAGAUUUAUCGAGAAAAACAUGAGAAGUAUGUCAAAAGUGCGAAAAAGUCUAAAUGGUGUCGAAGAAACUGCUGUUUAUGAAUGUUGAAAUUAAAGAUAAUACUUUGGGUGAGAUUCUGGAGAACCGCUUUUAUUCACAGAUCACUGAGAAAAGCCUUGUUUUCAGCUCAACCACGGAUCAAUUUAUACGGUCGACAAAUAAUCAAUGGAUGUGUGAAGAAUUAACUGCCGCUUUGGGCCACUUCACCUGAUCCUUUGAAGCUAGUUAUAUUGGCCGUACAAAGCGCACACUUUCCAAACGCAUCUUUGAACACUAUGCGUUGUGAUUAGUUAGAGGACAAUUCAAGACAUAUCGUUACUAUUUCUAUUCUUGAGCACUUGGUGAACUCAAGCCACGUAGCUCCACUUAGUGUGUCGUCUUUUAAGAUUAUCAACAUUAUGAAACCGAAUGGUACAAAGGGUGUGUUUGGCUUCGGUAUUUGUGUAUGAUGGAGGCGUUGGAAAUUCAUCAAUACUACCGCGAACUAUGUAUACAGAAAACGUUUGUCUAGUCUUUUACUCUACCAUGGUCUUAACUUCUUCAUUAAGUAUCCUGUGUAAUUUUUUUUUAUUAUUCUUAUUUUUAGUGAUUACUUUGCGUUAACUUUAAAAAUUGAUUCACUAAUAUCACCGUCAUAUGCUCCUUUUGUACAUUUUCUCAUCCUCUUCAAACUUGUUAAAAAUGGACGCUCAACUACCACCUUUCUUUCCAUUGAAUAACAUUUUUAACCUUAUCAAAUAUCUAAUUCUUUCGUUCUUUGUCUCAUUGACUAUUAUACGCUACCUAGUUUUACUUUUGAAGUCAGUUGCGUCAAGUAUACCACCCCUAUUAUUCAAUAAUGGACUAUUAUACCUUUUCAGUAAAUAUAUAAGUACCAUUGUACAGCUUCUGAAGAUGAUUUCGUUGCUGAAUUGUCUCUUGUUUUCUUGUGUAUAGGAAACCUACAACAACAACAAUAACGGGGCAGUACACUCAUUUUUUGAGUUUUGUACCUUUGAAAUAUAAACUCGUAACCUGGUAAAGUGUCUGGUUCAUAGAGCCAGGUUAAUCUGUUCAGACAACUGUUUCAAUGAGGAGCUUAAGA